UUUCUUACGCAGGGCGGGUUACCAGAAUCCAAAUGGCUCUCUUGAAUAGGCGAUUGGGUUUAUCCUUAACCUAUCUAAGCAGCGCAGUGAUCCAGCGACACUUCAGUAUCACUGGAGCAUGCCGAGCAAUACAGAAACUCACCCGCGUGCGAGUGGUGGACAACAGCGCCUUGGGGAACACGCCGUACCACCGGCCACCAAAAUGUAUCCACGUGUACAACAAGACGGGAGUUGGCAAAGUAGGAGAUACAAUCCUUCUGGCUAUCAAAGGAGAAAAGAAGAAGGCUUUAAUUGUAGGGCACAAGAUGCCUGGCCCCACCAUGACACCUAGAUUUGAUUCCAACAAUGUGGUACUCAUAGAAGACAACGGAAAUCCAAUAGGGACUAGAAUAAAAACACCAAUACCCUAUAUCCUGCGACGGAGAGAAGGAGAGUUCUCCAAAGUAUUGGCCAUUGCCCGCAACUUUGUAUGAAAGCUAAGAAAGGCCUCUGGCAGUCCUGUUUAUAUCCUUUCAUACAGUAGCUGUUCCUCGGUCCUUUUCUAGAAAACGGUGAAAUGUGAAAAAGUUGAGGUUCAUCCAGUGUCUCUCUUCAUGUUUAAGAAUUACAAGCAACUAGUUUAAAUACCUUGUUUUUCUCCAAAAGAAGAUUGAUUUAUUUCACAGAACAUCUGCAGUGUGUUUGGGAAAUGGUCCUUCACCCUUACUGCUCCAGUGGUGUUAAUUUUGUGUCUAAUCAUUAAAAUGAGAAUAUGGAAAUCCUU